UUUGCGACGCUCGCGCACGCAACGUGUCCGGUCUGGUCAGCAUGUGUGCGAGAGCUCAUCCGAUCAGGAAGGGUGUGUAAGAGAUGGAGACGUCUUGUAAAAGACCAAAGAUUAUGGCGAGUUGUUGAUCUAACUGCAUGGAAAGGGGUGACAUCGCGCAUGCUGUGGGUUCUUCUACGCCAGUAUCUGGGCACUGGGCUCCGAUGCCUGCGGCUACGUGGCUUGCUGCUCUCUGCUAGAGGUGGGGCCUUUCUCUCAGAGUCCUGGCUCAAGGCUUUGUCCUCCAGGUGUCCCCGUCUGCGUAGUCUUUCCCUGCUGCACGCAGACCUGAGAGGCUUGCACAGUUGCCAGCUCCUGCCCACAACACUGCAGGUCCUAGAGUUGCGUGGCUGCGAGCUACCACAGGGCUUUUUCACCCAGACCCCACUCAGUCCUGAGAAACAAGCUGGAAUGGCAUCAACCGCUGCUACUCAGCAACAGGGACGUGUUCAAGCUGGGAAAGUGCCUGCCUCCACAUCAGGGAUUGCCAUUGAGACGAUGGUCCUUGACAACGUGCCCUCCUUCACAGACCAGCACCUGCAGAGUCUGGCGUCUUGGUUAAGGCUUAGCCGCCUAGAGCUCCGCAACGUCCUUCGUGUCACAGCGGAAGGCCUUAGGCGCAGUGCCGCCCAAGAAACCGACUCGGGCUUAAACGGGCUCUCCAGGCUCAAGUACUUGGAAAUAGGGCACUUUGGGCGGCCGGGCGCCCAGCUGCAAAUGGCCUCCCUGGGGCUCGGCGUGGGCUGGCUGGGCCUAGAGGAACUAAGCCUUGGCGGUAAGGAGGUGGGACCAGGCCUGCUGUCCGCCAGCCGUCUGAGGGACCUGAAGCGCCUGCGCCUGAGAUGCUGCAAGCUGAGAGAGAUGCAGGUGCUACGUAGCUGCAGGACACUGCGGGACCUGCGCCGGUUGGAGUUCUGCGAGGUGUUCUUCCAGGUUUGCCCAAAGACACCAGAGAGAGAGGGGGAGGUGGAGAGGCAGGGAGAGGGUGAGGAGGGGAGGGAGGGUGGCACAGAUAAUGGUGAUGAUAAACUGGAGGAGAAUGACCCCGUGCCAAGUCUGCGCCGCUCACUUGCUGCUCUGCUGCCACAAUGUGCACUGGUGUUCACCAACUGCACCGUUACAAUAACCUCAGACUAGAUUACAUACUGGAUAUGUUACACAUUUGGUCCCUUAUUCUACUGUUGUAAAACAUUCCUCUCAAUUCAGCCUGUUGCAAACUCAUGCUUUACCUUCAUUCACAUGUGUAAAAAAAUAGAAACCUGCAACAAUUUUAAACUCGCUUACAGCUAUGCUAUUGAACAAAGGGACAGUUCCUGUGACGCCCAUUAAACCAUUAUGAGAGGAAGUGCCUGUUUGCCGUAUUCCCAUCAACAAUGGAUAAGUGGUGGUUCCUCUUUUAGUCUAAAUGUGUGUAAGGAAGUGGUUAAACUUAAAAGCUUGUUUUAAUUGUACACCAGAGAAGCAUCGCAGUGACCAAUAAAUGAUGACUUCAAUCAUGUACUGUAACGGACCUGCUACAGCCAUUGGAUGUCCAGCACUGCCAUCAGCCAUUGAGGGAAUUCUUCCUUUGAAAACAUUGAAAGCUGCUGUACUGCUUGCGUUGCAUCUAAUGGCAAGCUCAAUAAUUGCAGAGGUUCUGUUCUCGGUGGCUGAUGUGUGCAUUCAUUCUAUCUUGUGAAUGGAAAUAUUGAGGGAAGUAGAUUUUGGUUGGUUUCUGUGUAGCAGGUAGGACGUCACAUUGACGGCGAAAUAUAUUGGAACUCUGGGUGGGUGGGGGGUUUAAAUAACAGCUUGGACAGUUAUCAGUCCGUUGCUGGUAUUAUGCAAUUUCCAAACCAUUGCAGUUAAAAUUAGCUGUAGCUCACUAUGUUUUGCUAACUGGAAAAAUACACUUAUCCCCACUUGAGUUGUGUGAUUCUCCAAAGCAGUAUGUUAUCUGUAUUAAUUACGAGAAAGUAGAAAUGAAAACUGUUAAGCUUUUUCCAUCAAGAAACUGUGGUAAAUAAAAAUGGCACAAUGUA